ACUGCGUGAUAAUUGAUAAUUCCAUUAAUUCCUAGUAUUUGGUUAUUUAUCUGUACAUUUUCACACUUUGUACGUACUUACCUUUAAACGUAUAAAAAUAAAAACUCAGCUCCACUCAUCCCUCUUCUUUCCUGGCUUGCGAGAUAUCUUAAAAUACUCAUUUCAAAAUGGCCGUAAGCAUUGCCGGAAUUAUUUCCGUUGUAGUAUUUUACCUGCUUAUCUUGGCAAUAGGGAUAUGGGCAGGUAGAAAAAGAACUAAAGGGGCCGAUAACAAGGAAGAAGACAUCAUGGUGGCUGGGCGAAAUAUUGGCACAGUUGUUGGCGUUUUCACCAUGACGGCUACGUGGGUUGGAGGGGGGUACAUUAAUGGAACUGCGGAAGCGGUGUACACCGAUGGACUCCUAUGGUGUCAAGCUCCCUUUGGAUACGCGCUCUCUUUAUUCGCUGGGGGACUUUUAUUCGCAAAGCCGAUGCGGGAACAAGGCUAUGUGACAAUGCUGGAUCCGUUUCAGCAAAAAUUUGGCCAGCGUAUGGGAGGUCUUUUAUACCUUCCAGCAUUUUGCGGUGAAGUUUUCUGGGCUGCUGCGAUCCUCAACGCGUUGGCAGCAGCACUCACGGUGAUUAUCGAAUUGGAUAGGAACACCAGUGUAAUUCUUAGUGCUGUGAUUGCCAUGGGGUACACGGUCGUUGGGGGUUUGUACAGUGUGGCGUAUACCGAUGUUGUUCAACUCAUUUGCAUGUUUAUCGGUCUUUGGCUUUGCAUCCCCUUCGCCUUCAGCAAUGAUAGUGUGGGAAGUAUCUCUGACACGAAUCUCCUCGGAACUAUAGAAUCUUCUGAUGUUGGAAUUUGGCUGGAUUUUGGGCUUUUACUAAUCUUUGGAGGAAUCCCGUGGCAGGUUUAUUUUCAAAGAGUUCUCUCCAGCAAGACUGUAAAAGGAGCUCAAAUUCUAUCAUUUGCAGCCGGUAUUGGAUGUUUUGUAAUGGCAGUUCCUCCCUUCAUGUUGGGAGCAGUUGCUAAAGUCACUGCCUGGAAUGAAACAGAGUACGGAAAAGAUCCAGGGGAGCAUGACGAAUCCGGCAUGGUGGUCCCCUUGGCCAUGAUGUAUUUGACACCAAAGUGGGUAGCGUUCCUUGGUCUGGGUGCUAUUUCUGCUGCCGUCAUGUCAUCAGCGGACUCUAGCAUAUUAUCCGCUGCAUCCAUGUUUGCACGGAAUAUUUAUCGAAACAUAUUUCGUCAAUCGGCCAGCGAGAAAGAAAUCAUCCUGGUGAUGAGAAUAGCCAUUGUUUUUACAGGAAUUGUGGCUUGUGUCAUGGCAUUGACGAUUUCCAGUGUCUACGCUCUAUGGGCUCUAUCUUCAGAUCUGGUCUACGUCUUACUUUUUCCUCAACUCUUGAUGGUGGUACAUUUCAAGAAGCACUGUAACACGUACGGAAGCCUGGCGUCGUUUCUUAUCGCCUUUUUCUUUCGUGCUGCCGGUGGGGAAGACGUGCUGUCGUUGCCGGCUCUGAUAGAGUAUCCGUACUACGACGAAGUUGAAAAGGUUCAAUUAUUCCCAUUCCGAACUUUGUGCAUGAUUAUAUCACUCGUCGUUCUCGUGGCUGUGUCAAAGACAGCAGAGAUUUUAUUUCGGCGAGGAAUCCUUGAAGAGAAACAUGACUACUUUAAGUGUUUUAUUGGACCUGAAAUAAUUGGAGAUGCGGGGAAGUCAAGUAUUGUUAAAGCGCUUCAUUAAUUUUCAUUUCUUUUUUAUGCAUAAAUAUGCAUGUACGUGCAUAAUUAUAGGGCUAAAGAAAUGUGAUUUUGAUGUAUGUAUAUGUACAAACCAUUGAUUUUUAUUUAGCUUGCAUAAAGUAUAAGAUGUUAAAUUAUUUUACAUAGGUGUUCCGAAUAGAAUCUAAUUUUAGCAAGGGUAAAAUUAAGAUGUAGACCUAUUUAUAUGUCUACAUAUACCACCGAAUAAAGGAUCAAUGAUAAAUAAAAGUUAUUUAAAACAAUAUGUAGCAUUUUCAAAAUGUAAAAAAUAAUGAAAAAGUUUUUUGUAUUUGUUUAGUGCGAUACAUCUAUCCAUAGUUUAUUGUAUGAUCCUCCCAAGAUAAUUAAUGCAUACCACCAAGACAUACCAGCCUUCCAUGAACCAUUUUAUGAAUAAAGUAUUUUAAUGUUUAAUGUAAA